CGAAGCCCUGUUACUGGUCGCGGUCAAUACAUUCGACUCUGCUAAUUUACACAUCACUUUCGAGCGCGUCUGUUGCAAAGCCGUUAAACUCUCCGUUUCUUCGCCACAGCACUUCCUUUUCUUCAGAGGGUUUUCAGAAGUAUUGAUACACAACCACGACAUGGCUGACAUGGCUGACGCUCCUGCUGCACUGAAAAAAGUUAGGGAUGCUUGUAAAAAGAGAGGGGCGACCGGAGCUAAAGGACUUGGAAGAGCUUUUCGAAUCUAUGAUGAUGACCAUAACCUCACUCUGGACUUUGAUGAGUUCAAAACAGGUCUAGAAGACUAUGGAGUUUCACUAACACCCGAGGAAGUCAAGGAACUGUUUAACUAUUUUGACAAAGACAACGAAGGGACAAUUAAUAUUGAUGAAUUCAUUCUGGCAUUCAGGAAACCUUUAUCAGGAAGUAGACUCAAAGUGGUUGAAAUGGCAUUUAAGAAAGCUGACAGAACUGGUGAUGGUGUGAUCGACCAUACUGAUAUGAAGAAGGUUUACAAUGCUCGAGAACAUCCCAAAUACAAAAAUGGUGAACGGACUGAAAAAGAGGUAUUUGAGGAGUUUCUAAAUAACUUUGAGCCAGACUCAACAAGAGACGGAAAGGUCACAAAGAAGGAGUUUUUAGAGUACUAUGCUUGCUUAGGAGCAAAUAUCGACAAUGAUGCCUACUUUGAUCUGAUGGUCAGAAAUGCAUGGAAAAUAUAGUUAAUGUUGUCUUGUUCUACUGUUUGUUUAAAGUUUCAUUUAUCCAAUUUUUGGUUGAUCUUGAGCCAGUCAGUCUUUCAAAUGACUUACAGAACAUGAAAGGUAUAUGAAAUGUGAUGCAAAUUCUCAAACAGAUUAUAAAAUUGAGGUGGCCAUUUGAAUCUGAAUGUCUUGAAAGCAGUUACAAUUUGCAGUAUGGUGAGUUGUAUAUUAGUACCCAUAAGUGACAAAUUAUAAUAUUUUGUCAUCAUUGCUGUUGGGAUCCAUUACAAACACUUUCAUAACAUUGUAAGGACUAGUUUUAGAGUGGCCUUGUACCCUUCAAGGAUUUAAGGACCUGAUUUAGUUGUGUUCAUGGUUAGGAGUUUGAUGCAUUAAUCACAUUUAUGGCAGCAAAUGAAACUAGGGGUGUUCGAUACUUUACAAGUUAUUUGUUAUAAUUCUCAGUGCAGUUAAAGAUUAUUUACACAAUUAAUUUUGUUAUUGAAAUGUACUUAGCAUUUUUAAGAGUUAGACAGUAACAUACAGGACUUGACACCAACUUUUCAACUUACUAGUCAAGUGGCUUGUGACAAAGUAGAUGUUACAACAAUUUCUGUUUGUUUACCAGCCAAACUGGCUAGUGGAAAUCAAAAACCACUGGCCAAAAUGGAAUUUCUACUAGUCCAUGGCUAGAUGGCUACCGUUAGUGUUGAGCCCUGAACAUAAAGUAUAUUGCAUUACGCUUGAAUGUUGUCUGUAACUGUUAAAUUUAACUUUGUAACUGCUUUUUAGUAAAUGAAACUUGAUACUUGGUUACCAUUUUAAUGUUUUUAAUAGAUAUGAGCAUUUUAUUACAUACAGAAAGAGUAGUAAUGAUUUUUCAUGUUUUAACUGGAUGAAUAAACGUGACACGUUAAACAAAAGUGAA